CAGUUGGAUCAUGGGAGUCUGGUGGCUGGAGUCUACCGGGCCCUCAUCCAGAGGAGGGAAACCUGCAUCAUGAACCCCGAUGAUGAUGGCUCGAAGGGACAGAGAAGGUUAAGCUUGCAGUAAAGAAGACUAGCCGACUGCUGCUGCCGCUGCUGCUGCUGCUGAGGCUGCUGCUGCUCCUAUCGUCUGCCUCCACCCCUUCGGUGGCUACUGCCUGGCUCCCGGCCAGACCGGGAGCCCAAAGAGAAAGGAUCCAGGAGCAUCUGGCCCUCCUGUCCUAAAUGGCCUCCCCCAGGACAGUCACCAUCGUGGCGCUCUCCGUGGCGCUGGGACUCUUCUUUGUCUUCAUGGGGACCAUCAAGCUGACCCCCAGGCUCAGCAAGGAUGCCUACAGCGAGAUGAAACGUGCCUACAAGAGUUAUGUCCGGGCCUUGCCGCUGCUGAAGAAAAUGGGUGUGACUUCCAUUGCCCUGCGAAAGAGCAUCGGGACCCUGGAAGUGAUCUGUGGCAUCAUCAUGACCGUGGUCCCUGGCCGUCCCAAAGAUGUCGCCAAUUUCUUCCUCCUCUUGUUGGUGCUGGUUGUCCUCUUCUUCCACCAGCUGGUCGGCGACCCCCUGAAGCGAUAUGCCCACGCCCUGGUCUUUGGGAUCUUGCUCACCUGCCGCCUGCUGAUCGCCCGCCAGCCUGAGGAUCAGCUUCUUGAGAGGAAGGCCCCCUCCAGGGGUGGUGAGGGGCAGGGUGCCCACAGGAAGGUCAAGGUCAAAGUGUCGUAAGGAAGCGGCUCUACCUGGUGGACCAUCCAGGCAGCUUCCUCUGUCUGAGUAGCCCAGGAAGACCUCAGUGCAUUCUGUUCCUUUUGAUUUUUUAAGUGAUUGCUUUUCUGGGAAAGGGGGACCUAAGAAGCCACGUGAUGGUCCUGAUGUCUGUGUUCCCCUAAGCCCUAAAAUUAGCUCCUGACCUGGCCAUAGACCCAGCCCCUUCGGUCCCUCCUACAUGUGGCUGCAUGUACAUGUGUGUAAGAUUACUUCUCAGGUGUUUAUGUGGCAUAGACUCCAGCAAUUACUGGGGGGGGGGGGGAACAGUGUGUAUGUGACACGAGUGCUUGACUUGUGUGUGUAGAGAUGUGAGUGCGGGAGGAGUGGGCCUCCCUCAGCCCCAUCCUCUAUAGAUAAUCCUCACUUUAUAUACCAGGUGCAUUCUAGCAAAGGGGAAGACAGAUUGAGAGGGCUGCCCCCACAGGAUGGCUGAUGGUGUACAGCUUGGAGGGCCAAGCAGCACUUGCCCAAUCUGGCUGACUCUGGGUUCUUUCCUCUGCCACCCGUCUCCCCCCCGCAACUGUUCUCCAGCUCCCCUCUCCACCCCCAUCGUCCAGGAAUGACUUCUCUAGCCAGAAAGCCCCUAAUAUCACAAUUGGACCUCAGAUGAUUUCUUUCUACCCUUUGGGCUUUCAUAUCACAUUUUCCCAGCAGGUGCUCCUAACCGAUCUUGCCCCAUAUAUAAUUCCGCAAAUUUGAGGUGUUGGGUGAUGUAGAAUUAUCGGCCGCCUCCCUCAUCCACUGGAAAGCCUAAAUCCCGAGUUAACUUCAAACACGGGGCACUUGCAAUCAACAGAAAAUCCAAUCCCGUCUUAAUGGAGACAUUCAAGGUUCUUAUAUGGAGAGCUGGAAGGGAUGCUAGCCCCUUAUUAGACAGAGGUGAGAGUCGAAUCCUGGUUCCGUGGUUCCAGAUCCCAUUCUAUUCAUCGUCCCACUCUGCCCCAGUUUGAGCCCCCUAAACCCAAAUGAUUCCAGAGACUCCAACCCGAGAAGUCAGUUGACUUGUCUCCAGACACCGCGUCUGGUUUUCCUAAUCCCAAAGCUGCCUUGCUUCAAGCUUCCUCAGCCACCAGUGAGGAGGAUUUCGCUUCUGCUCUGUCUGCUCUGCUCUUGUAGCUGAGGGAGCCGGAGGCGGGCCUGGUCGAUGUCUGUGCACCUCCAGCCCCAGCUGUGCUACUUUCCAACUCAUCCCCAAAGUGCCCAAGCGAAGCUGUAACUCCUUGCCAAACAGAAGCUCCUUUCUUACUGAUUUUGCACUGAGGUUAAACUGGGUGCGGGUUUGCUACUAGGAGCAGUGUCCUGAUCCAUCCCUACAUCAUGUGUCUCUCUUCACUGGAGAGGGGGAGUGUUUGGAAGAUGAUGACGGUUGAGCUAAGCAGUCUGAGGAAUUGCUUCCUCUGAGAGCAACUGCUGGUCGGCUGGAUGUUGGUAAACCAGUUUUGCUGGCCAUGGUUUGGGGGUGGUUGUGACAGGGAAGGGGAAGAAUGGGACUGUCAUUUUGGAAAAAGUGUCACCAUUCUUGAUACAUGGCUCCCUCCCCUCUCCCCUUUUUGUCUCAUUCUUU